CAACAACAACAAGAUAAAAUAGGUGAGGGAAAGGCCAACACGGAGCGACAGAGAGAGAGAGGAGAGAGAGAAAAAGAAACUCACUGGUUCUCUGAUGCGCCGUCGCGUGGUCCUCGAUCACUCCUCCACCCUCUCAGGCGGACGACAGCCGCUCCUCCCCGGGCGGACCGGAGUCAGACCUCCGACCCCCAGCGGACAGAAUGCCCCUCCACGUUCCCGGCGUCCCGUGGGGACAUUCCUUCGCCCCUGGCAGCGGCCCUACCACUCCAGGCGGUCGGGGAGUCGCUUCCCUCCUCCCCCCCCACGGACGGCGGUCUUCUCUCGACCCCUCCGCGUUCCAGGGGGACGGCAGGGCACUCCUCCGCCCCCGGCAGCAGCUCCCUCGCUCCUGGCGGUCGGGGAGUCCAGUCCCCUCUCGCCUCGCGGACGGCGGCUGUUCCCCGCGUCUGGGUGGUCAGGCUACUCCAUCCCCCGUCGGAUGGCAGCGGCGCUCCCCUGGGUGGAGGCAGUGUCGAGGACUCUGCAACAGAAAUCCCUCCUCCUCCCGGGUUUCGGCACCAGUGUAAGGGAGUUCGAGGAAAGGAGGACGCGAGAAGCGAGGUUUCCCAGUUCAGAAUGACAGAUAUAAUAAACAACCCAGAUCACAGUCGAGGAGACUUCACUGUGAGUGACUCAGGAGAGCAAGGCGUUUCCUUUCAGAUUUUCCCAGAGACACAGGAGCGCCACCCCAAGCUGUCCAAACGCCUGCCCUCCAUUGUGGUGGAGCCCACAGAGGGAGAGGUGGAGAGCGGAGAGUUACGUUGGCCCCCAGAUGACCUGAAAAGCACAGACCCUUCCAGCCAUAAGCACACACCCUCCCAAGAGAUCACACAGAUGUCCGAUUCACCAACCCUGAAAACUCACAGCAAGAGUGCAGAUGAAGUCAAGUGCAGCAGUGUGGAAACAUCAGGAGCAGCUGAGCGUAACUGAAAUUUAAUAAAGACAUUAUCCGGUUGAAAACAUUAUGUGAGGAGACUCCAUCCUCUCUCUGCACCAUCUGGCUGAGGCUUGUGAGGAACGGCUGCAGCAGAACUUCAAACAUGUCAAUCAUUAUGAGGACAAGGACUUACUUAUCUCUCCAAACCCUGUCUGACUCUCUGCAGACUUCCAGUUAUUAGAGGCUUGUUGUGCGCAUACACAAUUCUUUCAAAGCUGUGCUAAACAAAGCACAAUAGCUGGAGCUGGAAUCCUCUACUGGACAGAGACUGUAUACAGUAUGUUGGGUUCAUCUCAAGUCAACCCCUGGCUUUAAUUAGCAGUGUUUGUUGAGUUAAGCAUCACUGUCACUAUAGAGUGCAACAGUCUGGUUCUGGUAGUUAAAGAAAAACAUUAAUUUUCCACAAAGAUUAAUACAUUUUUAACUUUAACUUGUAAAUCUCUAAAGAGAGACCUACCAUGAGCUUCCUUACCAUUUUACAAAUGUCCUAUUUACAGUCAGCUGUGAUACAUUUAUUCUGUGAGCAAAAGUGUCUGAUAAAAAGGGAUUAACCAAGAUAAAGAGAGUAGUAUUCGGCUUGUUCAUCUUUUACAUGAUUUUAAACAUAUUUCAAAAGUACUAUACUGAGUGCACCUUUAAUCUAUAAAUUUCCACGGUGAAACUGGCUUGAUGUGUAUUUAUAUUGUAUAGAGUCUAUAUUUUAAAAUUAAAUUUUGUUUACUGUAACAUAAUUAUACUACUGUAACUGAAGGCUUGUGUUUGCUCAACACAAAUACAGCUCAUCACCAUCAGAGGAGACUGCCAUCUCCUUUUAUAACUGUUUUGGUUUGCAUGCAUUAAAAAUGUGUUUUGGUCCUCUUUUUUUAAUUAAUAACUGGACAUUAAAAAAUUAACAAACAGACGCAUCUACUGGAAAACUUGUACGUUAAUCCUGAUCAGACCAUGUAAAAAUGUUUCUUUUAUUUCAUUUUAUUUUAUUUACUAAGAUUGCAUCUGAUUUCCUUCUUUAGUAGAAAAAAUAUUGUUAAUAUUUUUUAAAGAAAUUUUUUUCACAACAUGUAUAUGUUUUUUUUUUUUUGUUUGU